AUGUUCGAGGCUAAACUAGCUGCUGCUGCGUUGUUGAAGAAAAUUGUUGAAGCUGUUAAAGACCUGGUCACCGACGCUCCUUUUGAUUGCACAGAAAAUUCCAUGUGUUUACAGGCAAUGGAUUCAUCUCAUGUAGCUUUAGUGUCAUUGAAUUUGGCCUCCACCUUAUUUGAAAGCUACCGGUGUGACCGCACCAUCAAUUUAGGGAUGAGCUUUGCCAGUAUGGCUAAAGCCCUAAAGUGUGCUAAUAGCGAUGAUACGUGCAUGAUACGAUAUGAAGAAGAUGACAAUGUGAUUUUUGCCUUUGAAGAUGUCAAGCGAGGCAGGAAGCAAGAGGUAACCGUACGAAUAAUGGAUAUAGACAACGAACAUUUGGGAAUUCCAGAACAGGAACAUUCAGCAGUUGUUACACUGCCGUCUAUCGAAUUUCAGAAGACAUGCAGAGACCUUGCAAUGUUUUCCGACUCAGUGCUGAUUUCCGUAACGAAAGCUGGAGUUAGUUUCUCCGGUAAGGGUGAGACGGGUUCGACCGUUGCUAACUAUGCUCCAUCUGGCAGUGCAGACGAUGAGAAUGUAAUGUCGAUCGCUCUGUCUGUCAAAGAGCCGGUUAGCGUAAACUUCUCGAUCAAAUAUAUGAACCAUUUUGCGAAAGCCACUAGUCUUUCAGACAAGGUAAAACUUUCAAUGACCAAUGAUCUCCCGGUAGUAGUGGAAUAUCCAAUUGAUGAGGACAGUACUAGUUAUCUUCGGUUCUUCUUGGCACCAAAAAUCCAGGAAGAAGAAGAAGCAAUGAAUGGCUGA